AUGAGUCAUACUUUGACCUCAGAAGAAUUAAUUGAGUAUCGCGAGAUCUUCAAUCUUGUUGAUAGAGAUCGUGGUGGCUCGAUUACGAAAUUCGAGCUGGGAGAACUUAUGGACACUUUAGGUAUCGACACAUCUGCGGAAGAGAUCGAUCUCAUGAUCAACGAAAUCGACCAAGAUAGUAAUGGUGAGAUUGACUUUGACGAGUUCGUGGCUGUCAUGUCAAGGAAGGUCAAUGCCACCUAUUCUGCUGGGCAAGUUAAAGAUGCGUUUAAAGCUUUUGAAGGCAAUACAUCGGCUCCAGGAGUUAUCAAAGCCGACAAACUGCUCGUGGCUCUCACAACGUACGGAGCAGACUGUAUAUCGUCUGACCAGGCCCAGGAACUUAUUAGCCAGCUCGAGCCUGAUCAGCACGGCAACAUCAAUUACGUUGAAUAUGUGAACAUGAUGAUGUCAGAAUAA